AUGUCUCUGCCUAAGCGAAUCAUCAAGGAGACCGAGAGGCUAGUCAACGAGCCGGUCCAAGGAAUAUCAGCUACGCCCCACGACGACAAUCUGCGCUACUUUGACGUGACCAUCGAUGGCCCUUCACAAUCUCCGUACGAGGGCGGCGUCUUUAAGCUCGAGCUUUUCCUUCCCGACGACUACCCCAUGACCCCGCCCAAGGUCCGCUUCCUUACCAAGAUCUACCACCCAAACAUCGACAGGCUAGGCCGUAUUUGCCUCGACGUUCUGAAGAGCAACUGGUCGCCAGCGCUGCAGAUCCGUACGAUCCUCCUCUCCAUUCAGGCCCUCCUCGGCGCCCCGAACCCAGACGACCCUCUUGCCAACGACGUGGCGCAGGCGUGGAAGGAAAACCAGGCGCAAGCCAUCAAGACGGCUCAGGAGUGGACUCAGCAGUAUGCGAAGCCUUGA